AUGUCGAAAGCCGCUUCUGCGCGAGCAAAGUUUGCAGAACUUCGUGCUCUUCGAGAGUCUGGGAAGAAACGUCUCGACACUUAUGAAGUACAUCAGGAAGAGGAUUUAUAUGAGGAGGUCGACGAAGAAGGUUACAAGAAAGUUGUAAGGAAUCGCUUAAAUCAAGAUGAUUUCGUUAUCGACGACAACGGGGAAGGUUAUGCGGAUGAUGGCCGCGAGGACUGGGAUCGAGAUCAUAGACAAGGCUACGGUACUGAAAGUGAAGAAGAGCUUCCUGUUAAGGGCAAGAAUGGAAAGGCUGCAAAGAGGAAACGUGAAGAAGAGAAAGUCAAAAAAGAGAAUAUGGACAAAGGUAUCAGCAACUACUUCACCAAAGGUCCGGUAGCUGCUCAACAAAAACCAAAGCCCGUCAAAACGAAAGCAGAUGAAGAUUUCUUAGAAGGACUUUUAGGGCAGGUAGACAUGAACGUUCCUCGAUGGAAACCCGAAACCUCGAGAGCCAGUAGGACACAGGAGAAGAGAAGGACGAGAGCCUUAUCUCCAGCAUUGAACGAUUCCAGACAUAUGUCAAAAAGAACUAAGGUAGCGGAUAGUCGGCCCACUGGUAUUACGAAUGCACCUCCCAGCCCCCCUCCCGCUUAUACGAGUGGCGAUGACGAUUUCAUGGCAGGUUUUGACGAUGAUGAUAUGCCAAUGGAUGAGCCGCAGCCCUCAUCUCCUGUGGCGAAGGCUGUCGAGAGAAGACUUCAUAUUAAUGUCAAGGAAGAAGAGGAUGAGGAUGAAGACAUGAUGGAGGUUGCUCCAGCGGAUGGUAUCACAGCGACCAGCGUCAAUAUUUCCGGAACUAGGCCCCCACCCAGACUGAAAAAGGAGUUGUACCCAACUCCAUUAACCUCAUCUCCACCCCACGGUUCAGUCGACGAAGUUGAUGCGUCAUCUUGGAAUGAUGUUACCCAAAAAUUGAACGUUAUGAGCAGUAGUCAACCUUCAGAGACAAUGUCAUUUGGAAAACUCGACUAUAACGACGCAAUUGAAGAAGAUGGAAGUCUUCAUAUGUUCUGGACUGAUUACACUGAAAUUAAUGGCAGUUUAUGUCUUUUUGGCAAAGUCAAGAACAAGAAGACAGGUAAUUUUUUUAGUUGUUUUUUGAAGGUGGAUAAUAUCCUUAGAAAGCUAUUUUUCCUUCCACGGCAAUAUCGUAAACGCCACGGCCGGGACACAACAGAUGAAGUGGACAUGAAGGAUGUUUACGAAGAGGUUGACGACAUGAUGACGAAAAUGAACGUUGGAAUGCACAAAAUCAAACCUUGCACUAGAAAAUAUGCUUUCGAGCUACCUGAUAUACCAAAAGAGGGCGAAUAUCUGAAGUUGUUGUACCCUUAUUCCAAAUCCGCAUUACACGCAGACCAGCACAGCGGCUCGACUUUCUCUCAUGUCUUUGGAUCAAAUACUCCUCUUUUUGAACAGUUUGUUCUCUGGAAAAAUAUCAUGGGUCCAUGUUGGUUAAAGAUCGAAGAUGCAGACUUUGGAGCUCUUAAGAAUGCUUCUCACUGCAAAUUAGAAGUACAGGUUUCGAAACCGAAUCUCAUUACUCCCAUCAAUGACUCCGAUAACCUCGAAGCGCCACCCUUGACUUUGAUGAGCAUUGCUUUACGCACUGUCUUCAAUGUAAAGGAAAAUAAACAAGAAAUUCUCGCAAUUAGUGCACGCAUAUACCAAAAUAUUUCACUAAGCGACACCACUCCCCCCGAAAAUUUACCUUGUCAAACUUUUACUGUCAUGCGGCCGAACGGAUCGCAUUUCCCUAUCGGAUUCGAGGGGACAGUUAAACAACGUUCGAUAGGCCUCGUCAAGCUGGUUAAGCAAGAGAAUGAGAUUUUGAGCUUCUUCCUUGCCCGCCUAGACUUAGUUGAUCCAGAUGUUCUCGUUGGGCACCAAUUGGAAGGUGUUGAUUUCAGCAUCUUACUAAGUCGAUUUCAGGCCAGAAAGACUCCACAGUGGUCACGUAUUGGUCGUAUGAGACAUACCCAAUGGCCUGGAUCUAUGGGGAAAAUGGGGGGCAAUUUCUUUGCAGAGCGAACGCUAAUGUCAGGUCGUCUCAUGUGUGACUUGGCCAAUGAUAUGGGAAAAUCGACCAUGACUAAAUGUACAUCUUGGACUCUUACCGAGAUGUGCAGCCUUUACUUGUCUGGUGCCAAUCGUCGAGAAAUCGAUAACGAGGUUGCGUUGAAGACAUGGGCUACUAACAAAGACGGAUUAAUGGACUAUGUCAGCCAUUGUGAAGCAGAUACGUACUUCAUCGCAGCUCUCGCCUUGAAGGUUCAAAUGCUUCCUUUGACGAAAGUUCUUACUAACUUGGCUGGAAACUCUUGGGCAAGAACACUUACCGGUACUCGAGCCGAGCGCAACGAAUACAUUUUGUUACAUGAAUUCCAUCGCAAUAAGUACAUUUGCCCUGACAAAGCCGUUUUCAAGGGUAAGCAGCAGGUCGAGGAAGAGAAUGCUGAUGAAGAAAGUGGAGAUGUGAAGAAGAAGGAUAAGUAUAAGGGAGGUCUAGUCUUCGAGCCAGAGAAAGGGUUGUACGACAAAUUUGUCCUUGUCAUGGAUUUCAAUUCCUUGUACCCCAGUAUUAUCCAAGAAUUCAACAUCUGCUUCACUACAGUUGAUAGGUUAAACUUGUCCGAUGAUGAGGAUCGAGUUCCAGAGGUCCCAACAGAUCAGGAACAAGGUAUCUUGCCUAAGCUUAUCGCCACACUUGUCAGUCGACGUCGACAAGUCAAGAGCCUCAUGAAAGAUAAACAUGCGACCUCGGAGCAGUUGGCGACUUGGGAUAUCAAGCAAUUGGCAUUGAAGCUUACUGCGAACUCUAUGUACGGUUGUUUGGGAUACACCAAAUCUAGAUUUUAUGCUCGACCACUUGCGGUUCUCACGACUUACAAAGGUCGUGAGAUUCUUCGAAGUACCAAAGAUCUGGCCGAGAGCAAAUCGUUACAAGUCAUCUAUGGUGACACGGAUUCCGUCAUGAUUAAUGCCAACGUCGAUAACAUUCAGGAUGCCCUUGCAGUUGGGAACGACUUCAAAAGAUCCGUCAACGAUCGUUAUAAGUUACUGGAGAUUGAUAUCGAUAAUGUGUUUAGACGCAUUUUACUUCAAGCAAAGAAGAAAUAUGCCGCCAUCAAUCUUGUACAGGUUGAUGGGAAAUUUGUUGAUAAAAUGGAAGUCAAAGGUCUGGAUAUGAAGCGUCGUGAAUACUGCAAUCUGUCAAAGGAGGUCUCUUCUCAACUGUUGAACGAAAUUCUGUCCGGUGAUGAUUCAGAGGCUGUUAUCACUCGCAUUCACGAUUAUCUUCGUGAAAUUUCGACAAAAAUGAGAGAAGGGAAUGUUCCCGUCCAGAAGUAUACAAUCUACACGAAACUCGGAAAAGCUCCUAAAGACUAUCCCAAUGCUGAUAACAUGCCACAAGUUCAGGUCGCUUUGCGGGAAUUGGCCAAGGGAAAACAGGUUCGAAAAGACGAUGUCAUAGCGUACAUUGUGACAGGAGAAGGGAAAACAUCUGAGAACGCUGCUAAACGCUCAUUUACACCUCAAGACGUGAUGAAGCGUGACUCAGAUCUCAAACCAGAUGUUGAAUGGUAUCUCUACAAACAGAUUUUUCCACCCGUGGAGCGACUGUGCGCAAAUAUUUCUGGUACAGAUACAGUACGUCUGGCUGACUGUCUCGGACUUGAUGCACGCAAAUAUAGUAUCAACAACAAUAACUCAUCAGGAAGCAACGAAGCAGAGAUUCAUCCACUCGAAAGUCAAAUCGAUGACUCUGUACGCUUCAAAGAUUCCAGUCGUCUCACCCUCCGCUGUCGAUCAUGUAAAGCUACUUUCGGGUUCGAAGGAUUACUCAACAGUACAGAGAAUUGCUCUCCCUCCGGUAUCAUCUGUCGCUGUGGCAACAUUCUCUCAACUCUUUCCAUCAUGACACAACUUGAACAUCAAAUCCGCCAAGAAACAUGUAAAUAUUAUGAAGGUUGGCUUGUAUGCGAUGAUCAAGCGUGCGGUAAUCGCACCAGACAAAUGAGCGUUUAUGGAUACAGAUGCUUAGGUCCUAAAGGCUUGGCUCAAGGAUGUCUGGGGAAAAUGAGAUAUGAGUACACGGAGAAAAUGAUGUAUAAUCAGCUGUUAUACUUUGCUAGUUUGUUCGAUGUUGACAAAGCAAAGGCUAAUGCGAGGGGUACGGAGAAAGAAAUUGUCUCAGCACUAGCAGAACAUAAUCGCGUCAGAUUCGGCACGCUGAAAAAUGUAGUAGAUAAAUACCUGGAUAAAUGUGGAAGACAAUGGGUUGCGAUGGAUAGUCUUUUCGGGAAGCUGGGUUUCUCUGCCAUAUGA